AGAAUUGCUCCUUUUAUAACAGGAGACUGAAUGCCAGUGGCGGCCAGUGGCAAAACCUCAGUUAGCAUCGAACAGCAGCACGCACUCCUCGUUUAUGGCAUAGUAGUGGUAGGAAAUAACCAGGUGCCUCAGUGGCACGAGCAAUGCCACGGACUGGUCUCGCGGCUUUCAGUUGGUAGUUUUAUUGAAACCGCGUGCUCUCGACGGGCUAGAGCAUUUCAUCGCCUUUAUAGACGGAGUUUGUGUGGCGGCCUUGUAGCUGACUCCGUUAGUGUCGUGGUUUCCUGAACCCGCGAAUGCUCCCAGCUCAACAUUGGCCGCUCGUAUCCUUGUAGCGAACUCCCGAGUCUAUCAGUCACAAGUCUGCCGGCUCUCAUCGCCUGCUAUUCUCGCAUCAGCCGAGGUUUCCUCUCCUCCUCUUGCCUCCCUGCCUCGUGCCGACCAGAAACGCUGUUCUCCGACAGAAACGGAUAGAAAUCUCCAUAGUCGCGUGCUGGCGUUGUAGCAGACUCUUACCAUCGACUUAUUGUCGCCUGAUCCGGGGAAUGCUCUGACCAGCUUAUAAUUGUAGCUGAAUCUUACCGCUUGUAUCAGUAACGAAUCUGUCCCAGCCGAAUCCACGUCUCCCUGUCCGCUUCCGCCUUCCCGUUCGCUUCCGCCUGUCCUCCCCCUGACAUGGUGUCGGACGCGGCUAAGCGCAAGGCGGCGGCCAAAAAGGCCGCGCAGCUCAACCGCAGCGCGCAGAAGGUUUCAGCCACUCCCGCAGACCCUUCCGCCACCCCCGCAGCCCCCUCCGCCGCCUCCGCCGUUGCAGCCGCGGAGGUAGCACCUUCCGCGGGUGGCGGGGCAAGCACAGGUCCUGGGGUAGAUGGCGCGGCAGCAUCCGCUGACGCGGAAGGGACGCCUGGUCUGUCCGUGACACGAGUGGUCUUUCCGCCCUCCCUGACGCCCAAGCAACGCGCCGCAUUGCACGAUCUUGCGGAGUCUAAUGGGUGGCGUCACGAGAGCCGGGACAUGCCGGACGGCUCGCUUCGGCAGCUAGUGCUUUGGCGGGAAGGGGGAGGAGGGGGAGGGGGGGCAGAGGGGGCGGAGGGGGAAGGCAGGACAGUGCACUUGGGGGCGGAAGAUGGGCAGCAGCAGCAGCAGCCAAUGGGAGUGCAACAGCUGGCAGCAGCUUUAAAGGAGCACCUGGGAUGGAAUGUGGCGCGAGGGGGCGUGGCAGCAGAUGUGAGUGACUGCAGCGACGUGAAUGAUUUUGUGAAGAGGAUGCGACCGCUGCUGGAUAUGGAGAAGGAUGCAGAGGUGGCACUAGCAACAGAAGCCGCCUCCACACGUUCGCUGGCAUCAGCUCAGGCCAAGGGCCGGGUGCUCUGCCACCUACGGUGCACGGAAGCCAAUGCCGGGCUCAUGGGCAAGACCCUCCUCACGCUCGUCUCCAACAAAGCUGGGAAGGCCAGCAGCAAAGGCGGGGGAGGAGCAGACGGAGCGGCAUCUUCAGGGUCGGGCUCGCGUGCUGCUGGUCCGGUGCUCCCGCCCCACAAGUUCACCCCGCACGACGUGGUGGCGAUACGAGCUAAUAAGGGAGAUGGGGCACAGCCGGCGAUAGCCCAGGGCGUGGUGUACCGGGUGAGGGAGGAUGCAGUGGUGGUGGCGGUGGAGGAGGUGCCGGAUGGGGAGGGGCUGGACGCCCCCGUGCGCAUGGAGAAGCUGGCGAAUGAUGUGACGUACAAGCGCAUGAGAGACACACUGGGGGCGCUCAGCAGAGUGGGAGAUAUAGGCACAGUCAAAGCCCCAGGGGCGGCCCUCAUCCCGAUUCUCUUCGGCCAAUCAGCCCCUCGCCUCGCCAAGGCCCCACCGCCCUUCACUCCUGUCAACCGCUCUCUGGACGACUCCCAGAAGGCAGCCGUGAGCAAGAGCCUGUCCUCACACCACGUGGCGCUCAUUCAUGGACCGCCUGGCACGGGCAAGACGACGACGGUUGUUGAGAUCGUGCUGCAGGAGGUGAAGAGGGGCAGCAAGGUGCUGGUGUGUGCGGCGUCCAACAUUGCCGUUGACAACCUCGUUGAGCGACUCGUGCCGCACAAGCCGGUGCGCGCAGUGCGAGUGGGGCACCCAGCGCGACUGCUGCCGUCCAUCCUUGACUCGUCCCUUGAUGCACUGGUGCAGCAGUCGGACAGCAGCGCCCUGGCCAAGGACGUGCGCAAGGAGAUGCAGCAGCUUUCCGGGAAGCUGCUCAAGACGAAGAUGAGGCGCGAGAGGGGCGAUAUUCAGAGGGAGUUGAGGCGCCUUGGCAAGGAGGAGAGGCAGCGGCAGCAGCGGGCGGUGGAGGAUGUGUUGAAGGAUUCGAACGUGAUCCUUACCACGCUAACUGGGUGCAUGUCACGCAACCUCGAGCCCCUGACAUUCGACCUGGUGGUCAUAGACGAGGCAGCACAAGCCCUAGAAGUCUCCUGCUGGGCGGCGCUGCUCAAGGCCCCGCGCUGCGUGCUGUCAGGCGACCACCUGCAGCUGCCGCCCACCAUCCAGUGCGAGGAAGCGCAGAAGCGCGGCCUCGGAGUGACCCUCUUCGAGCGCCUGCACCGCCUGUACGGGGAUGAGAUCACCUCCAUGCUCACCGUGCAGUACCGCAUGCAUGAGGAUAUCAUGGCGUGGGCGUCCGAUGAGCUGUACAGGUCGCUGCUGUCCGCGCAUGCUUCCGUGGCCAGGCACGGGCUCCCGGACCUGCCGGGCGUGGUUUCCGGGCCUGUCACGGAGGCUCGGCUGGUGCUGGUGGAUACGACGGGGUGUGACGAGGUGGAGGAGCAGCGGGAGGAGGAAGGGGAGAGUUUGAGGAAUGAGGGGGAGGCGCGGGUGGUGGUGGCGCAUGUGAGGAGGUUGCUGGAAGCUGGGGUGGAUGCCGGGGACAUAGGGAUUAUCACGCCGUACAGUGCACAGGUGGGGCUACUCAAGUCCUUCAGGGAGGAUUCACGGCAGCUGGUCCGCGUAGAGAUCAGCACAGUUGAUGGGUUUCAGGGGAGGGAGAAGGAGGCCAUUAUCAUAUCCAUGGUCCGCUCAAAUGACACUGGAGAGGUUGGGUUCUUGGCGGAUGAGCGGCGAAUGAAUGUUGCUGUCACAAGAGCUCGCCGGCAAUGCUGCAUUGUGUGCAACUGCGAUACGGUGAACAAUAACCCCUUCUUGCAAAGAAUGGUUACGUACUUUGAAGAGCAUGGGGAGUUGCUAAGUGCAAUGGAGUACCUCUAGAAUGGGUUGAGAUUUCUUCUUUUAGUAAAGGUUAUACUGUAGUGGGAAUAUUGUGCACACCUCUUUCAUCAAAUUCCAAGGUUUUGGCCGA